GGUUUUCACGCGUAUCUUAGUUUGGCAAGUUGCCAAAGAAACAUAAACACACACUCACUGCCCUGUUUUUGCAGUAUAAAAUCCGCGGAAACGGCAGUCACGUCGCAAUCGAAAACCUACAACCAUAGUAACUGGAACACUUCCCUCUAACAACAGUUUAUCAGAAAACUAAACAAAGGAUUUAACUCUUGAUUUCAUCAGUUCUCUUGACGCAGAAAUUUGUGCGCUGUUCGCAAAUACUUCAAGUUGACAACGUAAUACAUUCAAAUAUGCCUACUGAAUGUACCGCCAACCCUCUUCAACGGGAAUUGGCUGACAGUAUCAUCAGGUUCUCCCCAUUGGAUGAUUUAAGGAUACUCAUUGCGUGUGGAGCCAGUCCCAAUGACCCAGUAACACAAGGUUUGCGUCCGCUCCAUUACGCGGUUUGGCAGCGUUACCUCGAGGCUGUCCAAUUUUUACUAGUUCGUGGAAGCGACGUCAAUGCUAGGGAUGACUGUGGAUAUACUGCUCUACACUUGAGUGCCGAGCACGGCUACACAGAGAUAAUGAGUCUUUUACUUGAAUAUCAAGCCAAAGUGAACUUUUCCGACAAGGUGGGCGAAGAAAAAGCAGAUGCCGGCAAACCUAAUCUAUGCGACGAACCUUUGCAUUUGGCCAUCAAGAACGGUCACUAUGAAGCGGCUCGCAUUUUGCUCGAAAACGGAGCUAACGUGAACACACGUUAUUUUUUCGGCUGUGAAAUUAGCCUUAUUUCAGCACUUAACCCAGAAGCCAUGGAACUUUUAUUGAUGUAUGGGGCCUAUCCGGAUUCAAGAGAUCGUAGUGGAUUAACUCCUCUAAUGAAAGCAUGUCGGAAUCCACAGGCUACAGAAACCGUUCUGAAAUUGAUUUCCUAUGGAGCAGACGUGAAUGCCCAAGCAGACGAGCGGAACGAUUACCGAUCAGUACUUCAUUAUGCAGUCCUUUCAGGUAAUCGUUCCAUGGUGAGUCUCUUACUGAAACAAGGAGCACGACUUCGGCCACCACCAGGUGAUCCAGCAUUAUCCAAGCCUUCGGUGUUGGAUUUAGCCGUUCUUAAGGGUGACGUCGAACUGGUCAGGAUGCUCAUUGAAGCCGGAGCUGAUGUCAACAAUACUUCAUCGAUUUUGGGUUCGGCGUUACACGUGGCCUGUGCCGACAAUGUAGCAAAUAGGGCGGAAAUUGUCCGGCUUUUGUUAGAAAAUGGCGCUAAUCCUAACAUAGCAGCCAGAAGCGACGAAGGAUUACCACAUCCUUCCAUAUUAGCUGAAUAUAUUACAUCCAAUGGCAACAAGGAUAAGCUUGAUCACGAAGUUGUCGAGUUGCUGCUCCGUCACGGAGCACAGGUGGUACUCAAGACACAACACCGUCAUCCACUGGGAUUGUACUCCAUCUUACCUAUUUUAGCACGACAUCCGCGAGUCUUUUUAAAUGUGAUGGAAGCAGCAGAAAGUUUUGACAAUGUCAUGCUUAAACGCCUGAAUAACGUUCCUCCGGAUUUUAAACAAAUUAUUCUUGACCUCGCCACGCAACCCCUUUCUCUUCAACAACAAUGUCGAUUCUACCUGCGCCAACAAUUGCAACCUAACAUUCAUCUUAAAAUACCUUUACUCGAGAUUCCUACAAUACUUCAAUCUUAUUUACUCUUCGAUAUUAGCUAGCUGCAUUACCCCAAGUAACAUCAUAUCUUACGCAUGACUUAAGCAAUCCAAUCCCCUAUAUUGUACAAAACAUGCCGCGCCCAUCUUGGAAACUCGUGCUAUAAAACUGAAAAGUGGUGUUGUUGAAUUUAUACGUAAAAUUAUAGCCGCAGUUUAACUUAUGCAAAAAUAUUCGAACGGAUUUGACGCGGAAUACAAAAGCCAAUAAGCAAGUAAAA